GUGAAAUCGAACGCACCAGCAGCCCGUUAGCAGUAAAGCAACGACCAAAAAAGAGACACUACAGCGGAGGACUGUGCAAGAUGUUCCAGUGAGAGUGAGGGCUGCCAGGUAUGAGUCAGAACAACCCCUGUUUGUGGAAACAGCUCCCCCUGAGAAGCAGCCUGUCCCCGUGCGACCGCUACAAGCACGCCUGCUGCAGCUACAAUGCAAACGUCUACGUCCUGGGAGGCAGAGAGAACAGAUGUCUGAGGGACUUCUGGAAAUACAACGUGGUGUCUGAUGAAUGGACCGAGUUGAGCUGCAGUGGUGAAGCGGCACCAGAGGAGCUAGAGGGACAUUCUAUGGUAGCUCACAAGGGUUUCCUGUACGUGUUUGGAGGCCUGUUGGACUCUGCAUACACCACAUGCAGAUGUGCUCUCUGGGUGUUUGACAUCGCAAAGCAGAAGUGGGUGCAGUGGCAGGGAAAGAGGAGCUUGCUUCAGACCCAAAUGCCGACCAACAGGAAGGGCCACAGCACCGUGGUGCUCGGCUCUGCCAUGCUCAUGUACGGAGGAUUCAUUGACAUGAAAGGCACCUCCCAGGAUUUCUGGAGUUUGGACUUUAAUACCAUGUCUUGGUCCCUGCUGAGUGGCUCUCAGCAGGACUCAUUAGGCCCAGGCCCCAGACACAGUCACUCAGCUAUAGCCUAUCAGGGCUGCGUGUACCUGUUCGGAGGCUUAAAAGGUUUACGGGAGCAGAGAGACUUCUGGAAGUGGAAUUCCAGCAGCCAGACAUGGAGUUCACUCAAGUACGGCCCUCCUAAACUCACAGGACACUCAGCUGUCGCCUAUAAAGACUCAAUGCUCCUUUUCGGUGGAGGCGAGACCCAGGACUCUCCAAAGAACUGCCUGUGGAGAUACAGCUUCAUCACUCAGACCUGGAUGCAGCUCACCACACUCCCGGGCUCCAACCCCCCAGACAAGAUUCACCAUUGCUGCACUGGUCUGGGUCCCAGCUACAAAACCAGUAGCACCAGCAAGAGCUUCUGCUCAGACUCAGGACUCCAGCCCAGGUUACUGGGAGGGAAACUCAAGCCGUUUAAGAACAAGUGCUUCCCAGCACCAGAUAACGCUAUAGAGCUGGAGACUUUCACUCCAGACAGAGAAGCCAACAGAAGUUCUUCAGAACUGGAGACCAGCAGAGAGGCCUUAAUAGAGAUAGAUGGUCAGCGUAUUGGAAGCUGCCUGACAUUUGAGAACAAAGCAUUCAUGAAACAAUGGAGCUGCUCAGAGGAGGAGGCGCUGGAGGACAAGGAUGGAGACAUCACUCAGCAUCUGCCCGACCUGCUGCUGGUGCUCGGCGGAAAACCUUGUACGAGAACCAGCCCCAUCUCCAUGUGGCAGGUGACGAUAAUUGACUGAAUAAACGAUUCUGUUCUCUGUGCGAGAAGCAGGUUUUAAUAGGUGUUACUAGCUUUCUGUGAAAAAGAAAACAACAUGAAAUAUUUUUAUACUUUUGUACAGUUUCAGUGUUUUGAUUUUUACAUUUUUUGCAACAUUCAAGUAAAUUUUGGGGAAAUGGCAUUAGCAUGAGCUGUGUCCUGUUAACAGUGAAUGUGAAAAAACACAGUAUCUGUUCUGUGUAUCUGUUUAUAGUUUCUGUAAGAACAGGGAAGGUAUUGGAAUCAGAUCUUUAGUGAGCAUCAGCCCAGAAUUUCACAGUCAUUUAUUCCUGUAUUAAUAAAGACAGAAUAGUGCAUUUUUA